AUGUCUGAAAAGAAGGAUUGUGAUAAAGAGAGUUGCUCUGCUCUCGAAGUGCCAGAUUUCAAGAAUGCUUUGAAGCAGUUCCAGAAACUAGUUGAAAAAACGGUAACCCAGAAGACAAAGGAGAGAUUAGGCUUGUAUAUUGAAGAUGAUGAUGUGAUAGACUAUGCUAAGUUCUAUACAACCACACAGACACUUUUCGGUCCAGAAGUCAAGGAUCAUAAUGUUAAGGCCUUUUUCAGGAAGAUUAACAACAACCUUGAUGCAAGGACAGAAUGGUGUGAGAUUUUUGGCUAUUUCAUAGGAGAAAGUGAUGCCAUGUCUUCCCAGAUGAAAGAAGAAAACACGGUUUUCCUAGUAUCUGAAAAAAAGCAGAUUACUCAUGCAGUUGUCAAGAGACAAGAUGUGAUAAAGGGUAUAAUGAAAGUGCCCCAUCUGGAUUUCACAGUAACAUCCUCUCAGAAAGGAGUGCUAACUAUUUUUAACAACCAGAUGAGGGUUCUGGCAACCACCAGUGUUGAAGAUACUUCUUGGAUCACUGGAUGUGAUUUCCUACCUCACCUGAAAUGUGUCGUGGCUGUAACUGAAAGGACAGCCAUCAUCUGGGACUAUAAAUCAAAAGGGAGUCAGAAUAAUUGCUUUAUCAUCAAACCAAUGGAAAACGGUCUGCUCUGUGUUUGCACGGUAACGAAGUCAGAUCACCUGGCUAAGGAUAAUAUCCUAAUGGGAGAUGAUAAGGGUUAUGUUCACCUGCUUACUGUGACCAGUGAUCACUUUGGAUUAAAACAAUGUAAAGCCAAAAAAGAAUCACAACUUCAGGCCUUGGACUCCAAAACUUUUAACAUUGUUAAACGCAAGCUACAUGAUGACUGGGUUGUGAAAGUUAAGUAUAUUUCUGACCUAAAUUGUUUUGGAUCCUGCUCCUCAGAGCAUUCAUUCGUUUUAGAUGACACAAAGCGACUAGAGGACAACUUACCUGUAAAGGAAUUUUCUGUCCCUAGAGGGGUCAAUGCCUUCACAUACUGUGGAAAAGCAAAAGUCAUUGCCACUGGGGGUCAUGACAAACUGCUUCGUUUGUGGCAUCCUGCUAUUGAUAGUAGGCCUACAGGGAAGCUAUCAGGACACCAACAUAGUGUUGUGGAAAUUGUGACAAAUGAAAAAGAUCAACAUGUCAUCAGCCUUUCCUCUGCAAAGAUUUUUAGAGUGUGCGAUAUACAGACCCUUUCACUGCUGCAGGUCUUCCAUGAUAAUCAAGGGAGUCCUGGAGAGAUGGAGACCUCUGCCAUGGUAUUUGACAAUGUUCAUGGCACACUUAUCACCGGUUCAGCUGUCAUUGAUAUCUAUCCCCUAACUCAUAUGAUACAAGAUACGAGACAGGUGCCACAGACACAUGAGAAAAGCAUCAAUGUUCUGAUUUACAACAGGCCUUUUCACCAGAUUCUCACUAUCUGCUCUGAGUCAAUACUGAAGGUCUGGGACCUAGAAACUGGAUAUCAAAUAUAUCAAAUUGAAGAUGCACAUGGGCUGAAUACUGAAGUGACCUGUGCAGCCAUUGAAAGAAAUGGUUUUUAUCUUGCUACUGGGGCAAGUGAUGAGCAAAGACUGCACCCUUUAUGGAUCUUAAGAGCACAACAGAAGGGUAACUCAGUUCAAACGUAUCUAUAUGUCACAUGGGUGCUUCCUGAAGCAGUAUCAUUUCCACGAAGGAAUCCACUUGUGUCUCUGUCACUGAAGCCUGACACCUUACAAACACAGGAUUUUUUUCCGGAUAUUCAGCUGCCGUCUGACACGAGUUCUCUGAGGAACGAUACAGAGAAUUUUGUACCCUCUGUGGAAAUGAAGUGUUUUGAUGUUUUAUAAGUAGAAGGAUGCAGUUUGAUAGCUACAGGAAGUGCAAAUGGUGCAAUAAUUUUGUGGGAUUUUGAAUCUGCCUCUGUGAGAUGCCUGUAUAAAAUUAAUGAAGACAGCCAGGCUUCAGUUCUUCAAGCAUCUGGAGUCAAUGCAGUGUUAUUCCUUGUGCCUACAGCUUUCUUUUCCAGGAAAAUUAGUUCCCUGCCCUCUGCUACUGUAAGAAGUGGUAUCAGUGCCAUUCCAGAGCGCAAGAGCAGUUCUUUGAAUCUACAUAAGGAAAGUAUAAGAAGUGACAAAAUUAAUACUCAAAUAACAGCAGAAGACACAGCUAGGUAUAAGAAUAUCCAAUACUUGAAGAUGAAUAUACAGUCAUCCAAAGCUGCAGCAGGACACUCACCAAUACUGGCUUCUGCUCAUGAAAAUGGCUGUAUCUGCCUAUGGAGUAUUCAGGGAAACUUAGUGAAAGAACUUUUGCCAUUUUCAAAAUAUCCUUCAGGUCCUCUGACAGCACUACAUACAGACAUCUCCACUAAAAUGCUUUUGGCAGGCAGUAAGGAGGGACACAUUAUGCGCUGGAGCAUUGCCUCAUUCUUGGAAGAUCCACAAAAUAGUAAAAAUCAAAUAAAGGAGGAGGUCUGCUGGAGGGCACACUCUAAUGAAGUGGUUGACUUAUUUCAUGAAGAGGAAAAAAAUGUGAUAGUGACAGCAUCCAUUGAUGGUUCAGUCAGGCUCUGGCAUGCCAUGAACAGAUACUGUCUUGGUUACUUUGGACAACCUAGGAAGUUUGAAUUAUCUGAUAUCAGUCGGUUGAUUUUGCCUUGUGAUGUUAAUAACUUCCCUACUGUAAUUAAAGAGGAAAUCAAGCAUAUGGAGAAGAAGAAGUUUGAAUAUCCUCUAAUGCUGGACAGGGACAAGUGGAAGUCACUGACCAGAUCACCUUCAGUUUUAAAAAAGCCUAAACAUGCAGAUAUUAUUCAGGACUUCAAGUUUUUCAAAGCUCUGGUUUCUCCAAAGAUCCACAGACUACCUUUGGAAACUUUUGAGUCUGGAAACAGAGAGGCUGGAGCAGUAUUUGGGUCUCUUCCUAUAUAUGAGUUCUUCAGUGGAACAAAGCUGAGGUGUCCAGUCCCACUGGAUGGACAACGGAGACGUGUUUCAGUGGAGAACAGGGUCAAAACAAAUAACACAGCACCCAUCUUCAGCAAAGUGGAUUAG